UUGGCCAAAGCCUACAGAAGUUCAGAGCGAACUGUAGACCCUCUUCCCCUCUCCUCUCUCUCUGCAGCCGCCAGACCCGGGGUCCGGAGCCCGCACCGGCAAGGUCACGGAGCUUGGGGCGCAUCCGAUCCGCAUGGCGGCGGACAAGGAGGUCACCAUGGUCCUCAAGGUUGACCUUGAGUGCGAGAGAUGCAACAAGAAGAUCAGAAGGGUCCUCCAAAAGAUCCAAGACAAGAUGAACAUCAAACCUCCCAUGUUUGAUAAGAAGAAGAAUGAAGUGACGAUCUCCGGCCCCUUCGACGCCGACAAGGUCCGCCGGAAGCUCUACUGCGAGGCUGGCCGGAUCAUCAAGGAUAUGUACGAGGUCAAAGUGGCGCCCGAGGAGAAGAGGGACGGAGGCAUGGAGAAGGAGGAGGACGGAGGGAAGACGGCUGCGGCGGCGCCGCAGGCGGUCGACAUCCGCCCGCUCCUGAAGAAGAUGUUGCCGGUGGAGCGCCCCAACGGUAGGACCCAGCCGCCCCCCUGCACCUGCUGCUGUGGCUGCAGCUGCGGCAAGCAGACCACGCGGCCGCCGGCGCAGGGCGUGCCGUCCGUCUGGCCCGCGCCGGCCAGCUCCGUCGUCUCCGGCCAUGCAUACGAGGCGCCGUCGUCGUACUACGGCGUGCCGGUGUACAGCAUCGAGGGGUGGUACUAAUGAGGCGGCCACUGGCGGAUGCCGCACUGCCACCACCACCAGCGGUACGGUGCUGCGCGGAGGACCCCCAACGGCGAUGGCCAUGGGCCAUGGACAUUGGACAGCGACACCACCAUGGCCAGUGCUCAUGGAAAUUAAAGAAAAAAAAGAGGGAUCAGAAAGCUCUUGUUUAUGCUUUGUUGUGUUUUUUUUUCGAGUUUAUGCGUUGUUGUUUAUGCAUGAAUGCCUGCAGUUUUUGGUUUUUGCUUGUGCCUUCUCCCACUGUGCAAGUCAGUUAGCUCUUGAUGACAUCAUAUUUUAUUUUAUCCCUUGACGCCUUCUCUUGAUCAAGACCGCCGCUUGUAAUAUCCUGCUCCAGGCCAUGCCGGUAUAUAUGUGUCUGAGUGAAAGAUGUUGUUUGCUACUUCCUUCA